AUGCCAUCGACUACGCCCAGUCUCACAUCUUCGGAGACUAUCACAAAGUUCUUGAGGUCCAAAGAGACAGACGUUCAGGAUAUUUUAAAGAUUGCGAAUGAUGUCCUAGAUCAAAAAUUGGAUGUGUAUUUUCCAAACAGUAGAGGGUUUGUCUUGAAUUUGCUCGUCGACCGCCUAAACGACAAGUCGACUUUGUCAGAAUUUGGAAAAUGGAAAUAUAACAAGGAUGUAUGGGGCUUGCUAGAGAGAGCUUUAACGAUGAAAACCCAGAGUCUAUUUGACGAAACCAUUUUGCAUAAUUUGAAAAUCGUUGAUCUUACAAUUAUUAUAAUGGAACGCAAUGAUCCACAAGGAUGGAAUUGUUUACCAUAUAUUCGUCAAAUUUUGUCCAUAUUCAUGCAAAAGCUGUUUAUUGAGAUUGACGAGUCUACCGGAAUUCGAUUGCUCAAGUCCUUAUUAAAUUAUAUUCAAAAUAAUACCCUGGGAGGCUUUGCAAUUUCUUUGGACACAAUGGUUAUAAAUUUGUAUUGGAAUUCGAGCUCUCAUGGUGUGUUUGAUUUCCCAAAGAGAUCCUAUGAACGAUUUUUUGAAGAGUUGUUUAACCCAUUGAUAAAAUACUUGUCUAUAACGAGGGAAGAUCCCGGUAGACAUUUGUAUGAGGAGGUUUUCAGAAAGAAUGUAUUCAAUGCUGAUAACUUGCCUUACUUGGUUCAUAACCUUGAGAAGCUCCUCAAAAGAGAGAACAUCGAUGCUGGCUCUUUAAAGUACUUUUUUCAAGAGGCUGUCGAGAAGCUUGCCUCAAAGAAUAUGGGUGUUUGUGCUCAGCUAUUUACUGUCAUCGUUAAUAAAUCGCCCGAAUUAAGCGAGGUGUUUUUAGCACUUUUGGUCAAUUCUCAACAUAAUAUGCCACAAGAGUUCAUCUCGUCGGUUUACACGAAAGAAGUUGCAAGCAAAAAGUUCAUUGAGUUGAAUUGGGACAUGGUAAAGUAUGUUUUUGAGUUGGACAGCGAAUUGGCAGCGAUGAAAUCAAAAUUUAUUUUUGAAAAGUACAACUCUGCGUUCAAUAUAAAUGAAAAGGUGUUGUCUGUGGGAAAAGUUGUUGUUUCUGCCUACUCAAAAAAUAGAGACUUGGUCGAAUUCCUCUUAAAAGUUUGGCCCAAAGCUAUUGAAAAGGAUGAAUUAUGGGAUUCCGCAGAAUUUGUUGCACAUGUAUCUUACUGCAUCACUUCCUUGUCUGAAAAGCAAGUAGUUGAGGUCAUUGAAGCUUCACUUAAUUUACUGUUGGAGGCUUCUUCUACAAUUUUAACGUCAAUAACAAAGGGUUUAAUGAUGGCCACACCCAAGUUGGUAAACUCUUUACAGUCAGCUUUUGUCAAGAUUCAGAGCCUUAUUAAUACACAGGGCAACUUUUGGCAAGUUCGAUACAAUCUUCUAAACUUAUAUGGUACAACUUUUGACGUUCCUGAAAGUUUGUUGAAAAUAGAUUACGACCUUUACUAUCACUACACUGUGUUUAGGAUGUUGGAAUUGAAUGUGAUUAAAGAUUAUCCUGAAAAACAGCAACACCAAUUCAUCCUAUUUUCACGAGAUAACAUGGGCAUUAUACUGCUGAUACUUUAUCGGUGGUUUGUUAUCAUCAAUGACUAUUUCUCCGUCACAAAUAAGACUGAGUUGCUAAAGAUUGCCCUUGGUACAAACUUUCUUUGUGAGAUUGAUGAUGAAUUUUACGAACAGAGGAAUUUAAUAACCUCCAUCAUAAGAAUAUUUAUUGCAGAUCCACUAUCCCAUUUCCAUCAUAUAACUACUAUUCCUUUGGCGUGCUAUUCGCGUGGACCUAAAAGAGACUUGCUAAACAUUUUGACCAAGGUUUACUUGGAAUCAAAAGAGACGGGCGCUUUAAAGUGCAUUAAUUACUUGCUCGAAUCGGCUUCAUACCAAUCAAGCAUAGAGCGUGACUUUUCUAUACUCAUUCAAGUUUUGAAACAUGCAACCUCUGAGGAGGCUAAGAGGCACGCGGCCAGCAUUACCAAUAAAGUGUGGAGCAGCAAUAUCGCUAUGAUAAAAUCAGAGGCCAAUCGUGUUUAUGUGGAACACGCUUUAGACAUACUUUUAAAGCACUUGGUUAAAGAUGGGGAUACUGAGACUUCACCGGAAAUGGAAAUGACAUUAGCUAUUGUAUUGCAUUCGAGUGUUCUUUCAAAUGAUGCCAUCCAGAAGUAUGAAGAAUUGGUGCGUGCAUUCAAAAUUCGAUGCAUAAAACAAUUGCAAGGCAAUCGUAGCAGCAUGGACAGUUCGAAUUUAAAUUGGCUUCUACAUGGACUUGCAAAUAUCCCUAAGUCGAUGUUGAACUUUGAUGAUGUAUCGCUCAUUACACAACUAUUACAUGAGGCACAAUUUAACGACAGCUCCACCAGACAAGCCAUAUUUAAAUUGGUUUGCAAGACAGGAAAGUUAAAUUUACGCUUUUCCAAGUAUGUUCUAAGUUUAUUUUUGGUACUAAAUGCAGACCUCUCUACGGAACCGCUUUAUGGAGACCUAGUUCAAUAUUUGCAAGUGCUUGCAGAUGAACAUGUGGAUACUUAUAAUGCGCUUUGCCGGUAUGUGAUAACCUCGGCUACUGAUACCGAGGAUCAUUUUGCAGAUUCCACUUACAUGAUCGUUUGCGCAAUGUUGACUACAAUAUCAAAGGAAUGUGACCAAACUGUGCUGACUGCGUUGUUUGCUACGUAUCUAGAAGCUCCACUGCAUAAACUUCUGUUAAAAGUUAUUCAGAGCAUAAUAAUCAACGUAAAAUGGUUACUAAUGCAGAAGCCAUGGAUGUUUAAUCAAUAUGUUAUCGAAAUGAUGCUUGUUGUGAUUGAAGUUGUGCCACUAAAUACUGAUAACGCAAAAAAAGACGAGCUAGAAGCUGUGUAUGUGCAAUCAUUGCAAGCUUUGUCACAGAUGUUGUUACAUCACCGGUAUAAAUUGUCGACCCGGCACCAUUUGGUAAUCAACUUGACGUCUAUUUUCUUGGAUCAAUUGGCUGAAUCGGGCCAUUUGAGACGCAGCACAGCUGCUGCUGAUGCAUUUACAAGAAUGUUGAGCACUUUGUGCGAGCCACAAGAACAUGUCAGAGACGUUUCUACCCGUACAGUUCAACAAAAAAGCAGGCUAACCACGCAGGCCAGCCUUUAUAAAAAACAGCUCCGUACUCACUUGCCGUACUUGAUCAUCAAUUACAUCUACUUAAAUUUGAGGUUUACUUUUGACAAACAAGUGAAUGACAUUCUUGUUGGUGGAAUUUACACCAUUUUUGACACAUUAUCCCAGAAGGAAUUGCAAAUCGUCAAUUCUGCUUUGGAUUACGCUGGGAAAGCGUUGUACAAAAGUUUGUAUCGCGAUUACCAAGAGUAUUGGAAAUGGAAAGAUCAAUAG